CAAUCUUGUUCGUUUCAAAACUUUCUUCCUUAAUUUACUCAAAACGAUAACCAGUCUCUUCUCCAAUGGAACAUUCACCACCAAAAUCGCUCCAAAACACGCACGUAAAGCUGCUGGCUUUCGAUCUCCUCUCUCUCACUCCCACGCCGGACCCAACCACCUUCUCUCGUUUGGGAAAACUCCUCCUCUCACGUGUCGAAAUCCUCGGCACAAUCACCUCACGUGACUACAAACCUAACAAAUUCCUUAAAUUCACCAUCGAUGACGGCACCGGAUCCGUCCCCUGCCUCCUCUGGCUCAACCAUCUCAACUCUCCGUAUUUCUCGCGCCGGGACCCACCAACUGUUCGAUUAAUUGCCAACCUGGCCGCUGGCUUUGCCGCGCAGAUUAAAAUUGGUGUCGUCUGUAGAUUGCGAGGGAAGAUUGGUAGCUAUAGAGGUGAGGUGCAGGUUACAGUUUCUGAUAUUGUGAUUGAGAAAGACCCCAACGUGGAGGUCCUUCAUUGGUUGGAUUGCGUGAGGUUGGCGCGAAAAUGUUAUGAUGUUGUGAGUAAUUUAAAUUAAAUUAAUAAUUUUUUAGUUUUUUGUUGUUCAAUCGAGCAUUGUUAAUGCUUUAAACGAACAGAUUAGAAAAUUAAAAUGCUAAUUUUUAAUUAAAAUAUGGA